AUGCUGCAACUGAGUAGCGUCGUCGCCAUCGCCGCCUCGGCUGCGGCCAUCUUCGUGGUCUUCUCGGUCGUGGGAAUCGUGGUCUGGGUCAGAGUUCGCAAGGAGCGUCAUGCGCUGAGACUCCUCCGUCUCAAGCAGGGACAAUAUGCCCGGAGCACCAAUACCUUCACGGGAAAUACCCUGACCGAACUUUCUCACGAAGAAGGACAUGUCCUGGGGACCCAUGGACAGUUGCCCUAUGGCAAACCGGGAGAAUGGGGUCAAUUAACCUCACGAGAAAGUCUAGUGAGGAAGAACAAUUCGGAUCCAUCUUUCCCCUUAAUAGAGAAAGCGCGGUCGUUGCGCCAUUCGAUCUCUCGGACCCGUUCAAGACGACUAUCACGAUUCUCCAAACAUAGUCGACUGAGCUCGAUGGCCACGGUAGACGAAACCGUCAUCCACCAUCCAAUCAGCCCUCCACGCAUUUCGAAAGACGACAUCCCACUCUCCGCAGUUGAAGGGGUUCUUGAAUUGCCAGCAGAGCGAACGCCCAGACACACACCGGAAAUGAACCAGGAUAAUGCCGGUUUUCACUUGGGUAUGCGACCAGUAUCCCCAGGCUGGCCUUUCCCCAGCCAAAAGGAACGAUCCGGGUUGUUCCCAGUUCUGGAAGACCGCAACUCGCAGGAGAUGUUUGAUCCGCCACCGAGAGUCUUUGAGGAAUUACCACAGCGAAUUCGAGGUAACAGUAUCUGCAGUCAAUCAGCAGGCAUUGCACCAGAUGACCCAAUUCCUCCUCCGCCACCGGCUGCAUUUCCAACGGACAGAAUGAGUUACGCCAGGAACGAUUCGGUAAUGCGCCUAUCUUCCAUGAGUCUUGAUACCACAAACAGCUCGAUUCUGGAUGAUGGCAGGAACGGCCCGGGAUCUGCAGACACCGACCUGACGUCGCCCAUCUUCCCAUCUGGAGGCACCUUUGUGCCAUUCAGCGCCAACGAUGUUGGAAAGAAGGACGGGCGACGAAGCUUCAUUGCUGCCAAUACCAACACGGCCAUGCCGCCCCUGCAAAACUUCCCUGUUCGCUCUUCCUCGACCGCUGAGGCUCGAAAGAAGUCCUCAAUGGAUUGGAUUUCACCUCGACGCAGCAUGACUACAACCUCCCGAAACCCUAGCAGCUCAAGUCAACGUUGGAGUGGCCCGCCAUGCCGGAGCGACUCCUUGUCAUCAAAUCCACCGUCCAGGAAUGCAUCACUCCGGAGCGGUACUCCUGUGUCAAUAAAGGGUUUCCAGAUGCUGAAUUCUAUCAACUGGAGGUCGUCUGGCUCACAAAACGGCUGCGUUCCCCACUUCAGCCAGUUCCAGCAACCAACAGUCUACGAGAACGAGCAGCAGCAUGAUCCUUUUUACGGCGGCUCUCCCCAGUCGACUGGAACCCUGUUCUCUGCUGGGUCUCCUGGACAAACAAUCUCCUCCUCAAUGCCUCCAAGCACUAUGCAACGCUCCAGUCUGUCCCAGCGAGGUCCUCUGACUUCUGCUUUGAAGAGUGCAAAUUCACAGCGCAAAGGCCACAGACGCCAGAACUGCGUGCGUAUCUCGAUUCAUCCUCCUAUGACAUUCACCGGACCUGCCUUCUCCCCCACGGUGGAGGAAGAGCCCGAGGAUAUUGAUCAGAUGGAAGAGGUGGACCUGCGCGAAAGUACUAUCAAUGCAAAGUCAUUGCCGGCCCUGCCGGCCAACACAACGUCGCCAGUGUCUCUCUCCAAGGGGGCCAGCAGGCGGAACAAGGCUCAGCCAAGCACCUUGGGCCCUCUCGCAGAGGAGCCGCAGUCUCAUGUCAACAAGAGUUCCUCGAAGAAAAGGAAGCAAUCCCCAAGUGAUGCCCUCGAUACGAAUCCUUUGAACAAGCACCGAGAUCUGCCUGGGCUUGACACUGCUCUCCCCCCAGACACCGAUGACGCUCUCACCCACACGCCUUCCCCAUCAAGAAUCCCGCCUCUUUGGGAGCUUCCUGAAGCCCCGUUGUCAUCAUACGAAAACUCCCCUGGUACUGGAAGCCCACGUCGUUCCGCCGUGAAGGGCCCGCGCAGCCAACCACCUCAGGCUCCCAGGGCUGCACGCAGCAACUCGGCACGGUCUCCAUCCAAGGCCUCCAUUGACCCGUUCAUCGGACCCGGCUUGACCAGUGGAUUGCCUCUAGUCACUGGGACUCAAGGAAGCGACUGGCGGAAAUCAACCGACUCCCUCCACCGUGCUGCUACCGACGCAUCUGAUGGCGUACAUCGGCGGGAUCGUAACUCGCAGGGCUCCUUGGCUGGUGGUCUUGGUCCACUGCCUGCAUCACCCAUGUACGGCGUUACAACCAGCAAAGGAAGCUCAACGGUGCGAGAUCGCGUCACGAUCUGGGAAGAUGCCAACCGCGGAGGCUCACCACCCAAGCCCCCGGCCACGCAUCUCCCUGGGACAUACACGUUCCCUGAUAACGUCUCGCCAACCCACGCCAAAAACAGUACCCCGCGAUCUCUUUGCAAGAAUAGCUCUCCUACCCGAUUGAACGGCCAACAAAUUACUCCCACCCCUGCCUCUGCGCGACGAGGCAUGACAACACCAACUGGGAAGGCUCUCGGCUUAGGGAUUGGGGCUGCUACCCCGAUGAGUUUGUACGAUGGUGAGGGUUUUCUGAGAGAGUAA